UUUUCUAUGAUCUGUACACAACCGUACACAACAAUAAUAAACCAUGUUCAGUUUUUUUAUUAACACAACACAAAACUUCUUUCGUUUCGUAACUAAAACAAAACUACACUUUAUCAACGAAGGAUAAGGAACCAACUUAAAUUGAAAUUACUAAGAACAAAUCGUUAAAGAUAAUACAAUAAAAACUGUAAACUAAUGGAAAAUUAUUUCCACUAACUUUCAUUGUCAUUACUUUUGACAGAAUUGACAUUGCCGAGUUAAGCCUCGUUUGAUUAUUUUAUUUGUGACAUUCAGAUAUGGCGUUAACAUAAAUGAUUGGUUAAAGUCUUCGUGAGCGAGAUAGGCUGUCAUUUCUCUUUAUUAGCUGACCGUAGUGAAAGUGAUGGGGGAAAUUCCCCAGUUUGUUCAUAUAAGAUUCCAGGGCAUGGGCGAAUGCGGCCAGCCAGCGCCAGCGGCCACGAUACAACAAGUCACCGGUACCGGCUACCUAUCCACUACCAAAAAACGAAAGUGUUAAAUGUUAAGUGUCAAAGAUGAAAGUCACGUCACAUGUCACUGUCACAACAAAAUCAUUCAAAAUCAAAUUAAAAUUGCCAAGAUUUUGGAAAAUGUAUAAAUUUUGCUAAUUUUAAAGUGUGUGUUUUUACCAGUGGUUUUUAAAGAAUUUACUAAUAAACAUAAUUGAUAUUUAUUUUCUGCUUUGUUUAUUACGAUUAAGACAAUUACGAACGACUUUCAAAUAUCACAAAUAUUUGAUUUGAAGAAGGAAGCAGAAGAUAAUUCAGGUAUGGAAGUAAAAACUGAAAUUAAAGAAGAGUUUAUGGAAGGUGACCUUAGAGAUGUAGACAGUCAGUUAUCCUCAUCCACAAAUCUUGGAGAUUUGAAAAAUGAACCAGAAGACAAUACAGCUAUGGAAAUAAAGGCUGAAAUUAAGGAAGGAAUUGUUGAAGGUGGUCCCCCUAUAGAGAGUCGGUUAUCCACAUCAACAUAUCUUGAGGAUCUGAAGAAUGAAUCUGCAGAUAACUCAGGCCCUCUUGGAGAUAACACAUUGGAAAUUAUCGAAACAUCAUCCCUACAUACAUGUAACAAAGAAUGUGUGAUUCAACCAGAUGAAGAAAAAAAAUGUGAAAUUUGUAUUAAGCAACUUGGUCAUAAAAGUUCUUUAAACAAACCUAUGAAAAUACCUACUGUAAAAAAACCUUAUAAGUGUGAAAUUUGUUUUAAGCAGUUUAAGGUUGCAAGCAGUUUCAAAAGACACUUAAGAACACACACUGGAGAAAAGCUUCAUAAGUGUGAAAUUUGUUUGAAGCAGUUCACUCGUGCAGGCACGUUAAAAGAACACGUCAGGAUACACACUGGAGAAAAGCCUUACAAGUGUGAAAUUUGUUUUAAACAAUUUAGUGAAUCAGGAAAUUUGAAAAUGCACUUAAGAACACACACUGGAGAAAAGCCUUACAAGUGUGAAAUUUGUUUUAAGCAAUUUAGUCAUGCAGGCAGUUUGAAAAUACACUUACGAAUGCACACUGGAGAAAAGCCUUAUAAGUGUGAAAUUUGUUUAAAGCAAUUUACUCGUGCAGGCAGAUUAACAGAACACUCCAAAAGGCACACUGGAGAAAAUCCUAAGUGUGAAAUUUGUUUUAAGCAAUUUAGUGAAGCAUGCAAAUUGAAAAUACACUUACGAACACACACUGGAGAAAAGCCUUACAAGUGUGAAAUUUGUUUUGAGCAAUUUAUUGAAUCAGUCAGAUUAAAAGAACACUUAAGAAUGCACACUGGAGAAAUGCCUUUUAAGUGUGAAAUUUGUUUUAAGCAAUUUAAUCAUGCAAUCAGAUUAAAAGAGCACUUAAGAAUGCAUACUGGAGAAAAGCCUUAUAAGUGUGAAAUUUGUUUUAAGCAAUUUAGUCAUGGAGGCAGUUUGAAAAUACACUUACGAAUGCACUCUGGAGAAAAGCCUUACAGAUGUGAAAUUUGUUUUAAGCAAUUUACUCAUGCAAGCAGAUUAACAGAACACUUCAGAAUGCACACUGGAGAAAAGCCUUAUAAGUGUGACAUUUGUUUUAAGCACUUCGGUGAAGCAAGCAAAUUAAAAAAACACUUAAGAACACACACUGGAGAAAAGCCAUACAAGUGUGAAAUUUGUUUUAAGCAAUUUAGCCAAGCAAGCAGUUUAAAAAGUCACGUAAGAAUUCACACUGGAGAAACGCCUUACAAGUGUGAAACGUGUUUAAAGCAAUUUAGUGAUGCUGGCAAUUUCAAAGUACACUUAAGAACACACACUGGAGAAAAGCCUUAUAAGUGUGAAAUUUGUUUUAAGCAAUUUACUCGUGCAGGGAGAUUAAAAGAACACUCCAGAAUGCACACUGAAGAUACGUGAGAAAAUCUUUACAAAUGUAAAAUUUGUUUUUAAGUAAUUUAGUGAAGCAGGAAAUUUGAAAAGACACGAACAGACAAGGCAGAUAAGGCGUAAAAGUGUGAAAGGACACCGCACACAUCUUAUGGAAAAUAUAAUGUCACUCAAAAGAAAUAAAAUUUACAUGAAUAAAUUGGUCUCAAAAUUUCAACUAUUAUUUUAUACCAUUGCGCCAACUCUGAAUUUUGCUUAAUUAUGGCGUUAAUUGUAAUUAAAGUUUAUCGAAAUCGCAUUUAAGUUCAUAAAACUGUCAUUCGUAAAUAAUAUUAGGCUAACGUCUAUUGAAAACAGCCUACCCACCAUUAGCUUAAGCCGAUUAGAGGCUGUACAACUGACCAAAUUAUACUUGCUUUAUUAUCAAUAAUAAUAGGAUAAGAGUAAGUCUGCCUUAAUCCCUUAGAAAGAUUUAUGGAGUAAGCGAUUUACAAAAUCUUUUUUCUCUCUUUGACACACAUACAUUCCCAUUUGAUUUUAGAUUUAUUUUUAUCAAUUUACGCUCUUAUUAUUCAAAAUACAGAGUUGGCGCAAUUAUAUGAAAUUAGCGUAAUUUCAAGACCAAUCUAUUCAUGUACAUUUUAUUUCAUUUGAGUGACAUUAUAUUUUCCACAAGAUGUGUACGGUGUCCUUUGUUUUAAGCAAUUUAGCAGGGUUGGCAGGUUUAAACCAACAUGCUUUAAACCUUGGGUUAAACCAACUGGUCUUUUUAAGAAAAAACGUGGUUAUUUAUUGAUCCUCCAAACUGGUGUUUUUAAUACAGCUGUCGCAAAUGAAGAAAAUUAAGAUAAAUAAAUUCUAUUGUUUUACUUUCGAACUUAGUUAUUUUGAAUAUUAUUACGUUUAAGAUGUUUUUUUUUUGUUGUAUUAAUUUUUUGUGUGUGUAAAUAAAAAUAAAAGUUGUCUUAA